AUCCCGGCAUUGCUAUUGUAUAACUACUCAAUAGCAGUCUUUUAUGAUUAUAAAUGAAUUAUGCUCGAACAAGUUAAAUCUGUCGUUAUAAAUUAAACGGGAUUUAUGGAGAAUUAGAAAACUGGACUACAAGCGGCUGGCAUCAUUGACCGUUGCAGGUCUAGAUUUACCGCAGUACAUCUGCAGCAUCAAGAGUGAGCAGCAGAGGUGCUGCAUCAGGCACUGUGAUCGCACCAAGGACGUCCUGCAUCUGUCGUGGCUUAAGCUUUUGGCUUUAUCUGGCGGAUGAUGGAUUUGCUUGCACGCGUGCAGGUUGAUAUGAAACGCCAGCGCGACGGAGGAUUUUUCCUGACCGGCAAAUGCUUGUUAGAUAGCUGAAAUCCUUCAUUUUCCUCAAGCUGUCAUCGUGGGAUCAGACGUCACAUUUGCCCCCUGGACCAUAAACUGACGAUAAGUAGGCGAUCCGAUUCAGAUGACAGUUUUCUAUUGUUUAGGGUCGCGCAAAUUUGCACUCGCGAAAAGGAAUGGUCUCAUGUCAGUCGUUUGAUAAGUUUAGAAAUGAUGUCAUGAUGUCAAAUGUCGUUUCGACAAGCUCAGGGAAAAUCUCAAGGUGAAACUUCGGAGGACACUGUGAGUCGUCGCAUGAACUGGAAUGUAACGCGUGCUUCUUUUUGUACAUACGAGCAAUAAUUUGUCGCAAUAAAUAUUAGAUCAGCUGACAAUUCUUGAUUUGAGCCAAAGAAGUGGACCUGGAGCCUGUAUUUGAAUAUAUUUUGCACACUGCUAGAUCUACUUAUAACUAGAAUGCACUUUAUCGAAACGUGAAAUUAAUCCUGAAAGAACUCCAAUUUUAAACGGUGCCAUGCCUGUAAUUCAUACACUCGUCCUUUUGGUCUCCUGCACGCUGCUUGUGCACCGGGGCGACGGAGCGUGCGCAGAACCAGACUCGGACACCGAAGCGGUGGUGGGUCAAGGCUUCAAACUGACCUGCAUCUCGUGCAAAAGGAGAAGUGAGGUCAAAGCCAGCGCUACUGUGGAGUGGUACUUCAAGGCUAAAGGGGAAGUGGAUUUUGUGCAGAUCUACUCCUACAGCGAAAUGGGCCCCACAAUCGAAAACGAACACUUCCUGGAUCGUCUGGACUGGAACGGGAGCAAGAGGAGCAACGACAUCCAAGACGCGUCCAUCUACAUUCUCAAUGUCACCUUCAACGACUCGGGCACGUACCGAUGCUUCUUCAACCGCAUCCUCGCCUACGAGAACUACGAGUACACCACCCUGGUCAGUAAAGUGGUCUACCUCACCGUGGUGGAAAAAGCCACCCGAGGUACGGCGUCCAUCGUGUCGGAAGUCAUGAUGUACGUGUCCAUCAUCGGACUGCAGGUGUGGCUACUCAUUGAGAUGAUAUAUUGCUACCGGAAAAUAGCAGCAGCCGGGGAGGAAGCCUUAAGAGAAGCCGCGAACGCAGAAUAUUUAGCGAUUGCCUCUGAAAGUAAAGACAACUGCGCGGCAGGGCAAGUUGGAGAAUAACAAAGGCUUCAACCUUCCUUCCUUUCCACCCUCUUAACAGCAUGAAAACCUCUGGAAGGAAACAAGUCAAACAACUCCCUCAUCAUCUCAAGUCUUUUUUCUUUAAAUCUUUUCCUCAAUUCAGACCUCAAAUAUGGAGCACAGGUUGAGCUACCGGCACUGUAAAAAUAGUUUGCAACGCACAGCAAAGCUGCAUUUGUAUGAGAACCCAUUAUGCAGUAAUGAGCCAUUAUUUCAAGUCAUACAGAGUACUGUGUAGACGUACUGUAUAAUUAAUUAUAUGAGCUAAUAUGCAAUACAGUGGGAGCCUGUAUGACUCUGAGGUGAAAAGAUAAAGCUGUGACAAACCUUUGGGGGACUCCAUUCAGCAAUUCAGACCCCGGAAGAGUACUUUUGGGUACGGGAUCGAGAGCUAGCAACAAAUAGAGAAGACAAGUCAUGAAGGAGUUGGAUUGGAGGCUCCUACAAAAAAACACAAGCACAGGACACUUACAAAUAUUCCGUCACCUCCAUCAUUAGCCGGUCAACAUAUCAAUAGCACGAUGAUGAGUUUGGAUUUUCACCAAGCAGCUCAGUGGACUGUUAUCAUCCCAACUGCAAUGAAAAGGACAUUCAGUAUUUCCACAUUUGUUCCAUAUUCAAAGUUCUUCACAAAUGUACAGGCCUCCUUCUCCAAAAACAGACAUAAACUAGAGAAAGUUGCUUUAAGUGCUCUCUGUGAAUGACACCCAAUGUAUUUUCAAUAUAUUUUGGCAUUUAUUUUGCACAUACAAACCAAAGUUGCACCUCAUACAUUUAUAUUAGAGUGCAAUUUCUGUAAACCGCAGUUAGCAUGAGUCAAAACCUUUAACAACUGGACAUUAAUAAAGUUUAGUGGCACUCA